AUGAUCGCUCCCUUAUCCACUAAUCAAAGAGAGCCUCAUUAUAAACAUAUACCGGACAGAAAUAACAGUCACAACAUAAGGAAGUCUUCAGCUAGCUCAUUAACAUCGUUAACAAAGGAACAACAGGACCAAAUUCAACGACGAUCACUAUCCAGCAUCUCUUCAUCGACUGUAAGAAGUUCAUCAGAUUCAGAAAUGCUUUAUUCCCCUAUUGCGGACUCUACUCAUACGCCCUAUAAUACAAAUUUACCCUUUGCCGCUGCUCCAUCUGCUAAUUCACUCAUCACUGGCUGUCACUCUACCUCACCGCAACUCUCCUAUACGAUGAAUAUGACGAAUUGUUACAGUAAUAACAAUAACUAUACAAAUAACGCUGCUACGUUAGAUUUUAGCAAUCUGAUAACUCCAGGUCCAGCAUCAGUGACACUACUAGAGAAAAACGAGACCGGUACAUCAACAUCAUCAUCAGCUCACUUACAUACCAAGAUAUCGAAACCUCAACGAACGUCAAACAUUUCCAAACAAGGUACAGCCAUCACUCCAAGCACAACACCCACCAACACAGCCAUACCCACUUUCAAAUCCAAAAGAAAGGGUAUAGUGGCAGCAGCAGCACUAGCAGCAGCCGCUAUCGUACCACUCCCAUUGAAAUAUAGAGAACAAUUAGAAUCCGCUCCGAUACCCACCCCUAUUCAGGAAUUUGAACAACAGGAGUUGGCCAAAGUACCCAAAUCUUACAUCGUGGCUAAGGAUUCUAGGACACUCUCUUGUGUAUGCGGUGUCCAGAAUAGGGUUCUUGAGUACGAUGACGAUGCACCUGUGAUACAGUGCAGUCAUUGUAAUAGAUGGCAACAUAGGGCCUGCUAUGGAACAUCUGCUCUGUGGGACUUCAAUUGUAAUAUUUGCAAACCACGAAUUAUUAAUUCAACCUUGGAACAACGGAAACAGCUGGAAGCUGGAGCCGGUGGUGAAAUUGAGGAAUCACAGGAGAAGGAUCUGGAGGAGGAGCCGUUACCAAAUUUUCAUCUGUUGACGGAUUAUGAAUAUAAGGAUAAAUACGUGUCGCAAUUCAUAGAUAAGCAUAGUGAUGAUGAUUGGGUGCUUCCGUACAAUGGGUCCACUGAGGCCCCCAAAGUGGCGGUUCAUGUUACUGGAAAUUCUGUUCAUGUCAAACAAGUUUGCUUGAAAGGUGAUUUGAUUGACGAAUUUUUGGGUGUAGUGGAUUUUCAGAAAAAUUAUAUUAUGGAUCCAAUAAAUCAAUAUAGAUUAUGGGGGACCACGAAACGGGAUGUCAUUUUCCAUUCUCAAUGGCCCUUGCUCAUAGAUGCUAGGGAGAAAAGUGGACGCUUUAGAUCGUUAAGAAGAUCUUGCAACCCUAAUGUGGAACUAGUCACUGUGAAACUGGGUCAAGAUCAAGAUAAACAUUGGGGUGAUAGCACAGUGAAAUUCAUGAUUAGAGCCAAGAGGACCAUACAGGCGGGUGAAGAACUACACAUUAAUUGGCAAUGGGAUUUAAGACAUCCAAUUUGGCAAAUUAUUAUGGGGAGUGCAGGUUUUGAGUCAUUAACUGAUAUGGAUAAAUAUUGGUUGAUAUAUUCCGUGGAAACUGUCUUGGAGAAUUACAAAUGCGCAUGUGGUGAUGAUAAUAAGGAUUGCCAUUUAUUAAAAGUUAGAGAAUUUUCCAAAAAAUUACAAAAGGAUUUCAAAUCAAAGAGUAAUAACAGAUCUAAAUUGAAUGAAAUCUUGAAUAGAAAUAAGAAAAAACCCAUCACGGAGAAACAAUCGCCAUAA